AUGGAAUGUGGUAUGGGGCCUACCUAUCCGAUGGGCCGCAUCCAAUGGCAAUUGCCAACUGCCCUCCAGGUUGCGCCUGCGAUCAUUUGGGGGCUGGGAACCUUUUUCACGCCUGAGUCCCCCCGUUUUCUGCUGUCUCGUGGGAAGCCAACAGAGGCUCUCAAGGUUCUUUGCGACUUCCGACGUCUUCCGGCCGAUAAUCCGUAUGUGGAUGACGAGUUUCGUGCGAUGCAAGCCCAGUUGGAGCGCGAAUUGGAGAUUGUGUCAGGCGCUUCAGUUUUGGAUCUCGCCAAGGAGACGUGGACCGAUAUACCAAACAGACGACGGUUCGUAUUGAUGUUUCUAGCGCACUUGUUUUCCCAGUGGAGCGGAGCCAAUGCGAUUCCGUCCAUAUUUGGACAUCUAGGCAUUCAAGGCGAAGAGGGCCGCCUUCUUGCUACUGGAGUCUAUGCUAUUGUCAAAUUCGUUUCAGUCUUGAUAUUCUCGGUCUUUGUUAUCGAUUUUAUCGGCAGAAGACGUUCUCUUCUUACUGGCAUAUGUCUCCAAAUUACCACGCUUCUGUUCAUUGGUAUUUACCUCAAGGUCACCAAUGGACGUGAUCCAGAAGACAUUUCUGCAGACCCGACGGCGAGGCGAGCAAGCGAGGCCGCCAUCGCGGCCAUCUACUUGCAUGCAAUCGCAUGGUCCAUAGGAUGGUUUUCCAUUCCAUAUCUCGUCAGCGCAGAAGUUUUUCCCAUCAGAAUUAGAUCCCUCUGCGUAUCUGUUCUCAUGGCCUUUCAUUGGGCCUUUUACUUUGGCUGCUCGCGAGCUAUGCCAUCCCUUCUGGCCGCUACCGAACGAUAUGGUGCAUUCAUAUUCUUCGCGAGCAUCUGUUCUGUGUCGCUCGUCUACGUCUAUCUUGCUAUGCCGGAAACCUCUGGGAGAUCCUUGGAGUCCAUGGAGAACCUAUUCAAUCGGCCGUGGUACACGGUAUACAAGGUUGCGUAUCCAAAGGCCGAAGAUCUCGCAGCUCGCCCGGUGGUAGGAGAUGGCGACGGUAGAAGGGAUGGAGGAAAGGAAGGAGAGAAUGGUGCGGUCAUCCACGUGGCUUAA